GGGGUGGGAGUGAGGUGGAGGCGGAGGUGCGGCGGGCGCGGAGCGCGGGGCCCGGGGCCGAGGCCGUCCCUCUGUCCUACCCCGCCAGGCCUGCGACUGGCCGCGCUGGCCUCUCGCCUGUUCACAGUCUAUAAAGAUAAUGUCUUUGUUGGAAACGUGGAUCAAAAUGGCACAAGAGAGGAAGCAAAUCAGCCGUACCCCUGCUCUCCAAGACGAGCCAGGCUAACAUUAAGAUGUAUUUCCUUCCAGUCCGUUUUACCAACUAUUUUGCCAACCAUGGCAUCUGGAGAUGACAGUCCUAUCUUUGAAGAUGAUGAAAGCCCUCCUUACAGCCUGGAAAAAAUGGCAGAUCUCGUAGCUGUUUGGGAUGUUGCUUUAAGUGAUGGAAUCCAUAAGAUUGAAUUUGAACAUGGAACCACAUCAGGCAAACGAGUAGUGUACGUAGAUGGCAAGGAAGAGAUAAGAAAAGAAUGGAUGUUCAAAUUAGUAGGCAAAGAAACCUUCUGUGUUGGAGCUGCAAAGACAAAAGCAACCAUAAAUAUAGAUGCCGUCAGUGGUUUUGCUUAUGAAUAUACUCUGGAAAUUAAUGGAAAAAGUCUCAAGAAGUAUAUGGAGAGCAGAUCAAAAACCACCAAUACUUGGGUAUUACACUUGGACGGUGAGAACCUUAGAGUUGUUUUGGAAAAGGACACUAUGGAUGUAUGGUGCAAUGGUAAAAAAAUGGAGACAGCAGGUGAGUUUGUAGAUGAUGGGACUGAAACUCACUUCAGUAUCGGGAGCCAUGACUGUUAUAUAAAGGCCGUUAGUAGUGGAAAGCGGAAAGAAGGGAUUAUUCACACUCUCAUUGUGGAUGACAGAGAAAUCCCAGAGACUUCCUCAGUGACUUCAUCUUAACGAAUUUUAACCUUGGGAAGUAAAGAUUAGGACUUUUAAAUUACUGUGGUAAUUUACCUGGUUGGUAUGUACUCAUCUGUACAUUUAAUCUGCAAUGUUUUGAUUUUGUUACUUAGAACUGUAACAUUCCAAGGGUCAGGGAAAAAACAAAUUAUGUACAACCAUGAAAAUUACAAUUUACUUUGUAAAUAAUGUUAUAUGUUUUAAAACCAAAUGAAAAAUGAGAUGUGGACCAAAGACACUAAUGUUUUAUAUUAGUAAACUUUCCUAUAAUAAACACU